AUGUCAGGGGUUGCUGCUAAAGUUGCCAAGGACCGGGCUGUAGCCGAGGGUCUCGGUACAAACAAGAAUCCUGUAAAGUACCUAAAUCAGGACUACGAAGAACUGCGGACACAGUGCCUGGCAUCCAAGACUCUCUUCAAAGACGACCAGUUUCCUGCAUGUCCAUCUGCCCUGGGCUACAACGACUUAGGACCAAACUCCCCAAAAACUACAGGAAUUGUGUGGAAGAGACCAUCGGAAAUAUGCGAGAAGCCGCACUUCAUUGUCGAUGGAGCAACACGUGGUGAUAUCCGUCAGGGGGCCCUUGGGGACUGUUGGCUCUUGGCUGCUGUUGCGUCUCUCACCUUGGAUCCGAACAUCUUGGCUCGAGUUGUUCCAGAGAACCAGAGUUUUGAGAAGGACUACGCCGGAAUCUUCCACUUCCAGUUCUGGCAGUUCGGCGAGUGGGUGGACGUUGUGGUGGAUGAUCGGCUGCCCACUAAAGAUGGCCGCCUGUUGUUCGUCCAUUCGGAGGAGGGCGAUGAGUUCUGGAGUGCGCUGCUGGAGAAGGCCUACGCCAAGUUAUGUGGAUCGUAUGAGGCUCUGACAGGAGGAAGCCCCAUUGAGGGUUUUGAAGACUUCACCGGAGGAAUCGCGGAGGAAUAUUUAUUGAAGAACGCGCCGGCCGAUCUCUUCCAGAUCAUACAGAAAGCUCUGAAGGCCGAGUCAUUGCUUGGAUGCUCAAUUGAUAUUACAAAUGCUUAUCAAACUGAAGACAUCACAAGCCGGAAGCUGGUGAAAGGACAUGCGUAUUCAGUCACUGGAGCCGCAGAGGUGGUUUACAAAGGAAAAAACGUGCAGCUGAUCAGAGUAAGGAACCCCUGGGGAGAAGUGGAAUGGACCGGACCCUGGAGCGAUGAUGCCCCAGAGUGGAAUUUUAUUGACCCAAAAGUAAGAGCAUCCUUGGACAAGAAGGCGAACGAUGGAGAAUUCUGGAUGGCGUAUACAGAUUGGGUGACGCAAUAUUCUCGACUUGAUAUCUGUAACUUGACUCCUGACACCUUGACCAGUAAUGAUCAGCACAAGUGGAAUGUGACGCUGUUCAACGGCAGCUGGGUCCGGGGGUCUACAGCAGGAGGGUGUCAGAAUUACCCAGGAACGUUUUGGACCAACCCCCAGUUUCGGAUCAAGCUGGACGAACCAGACAACGACCAAGAUGGAACUUCGCAAGACCCUUCUUGUACCAUCAUUGUGGGCCUAAUGCAGAAGAAUCGGAGAAGACAGAAGAAAUUGGGAGACGACCUUCUGACUAUCGGCUAUGCCCUGUACAAGGUUCCUAAAGAGUUGCAGGACCAAACAGACGUCCAUCUCAAAAAUGACUUUUUCCAGAAGACUCCAUCGGCUGGUCGCUCCGACACUUUUGUCAACAUGCGGGAAGUUUCUAAAAGGAUGAAGUUACCAGUCGGAGAUUAUCUCAUCGUACCGUCCACCUUCGAGCCACUUAAAGCUGGGGACUUCUGCCUGAGGAUCUUUUCCGAGAAAGCUGCCGAAUCUGUGGAAGUUGGGGAUGUUGCCAAAGCGGAUCCCUAUGAGCCCCAAGUAACUGACAAGGAUAUCACCAGUGACUUCAAGGACAUGUUCCAGAAACUGGCAGGAGAUAAAGAUGAAGUCACAGUGAACGAUAUUCAAACUAUCCUGAACAAACUUCUGUCUAAGAGAAAAGACUUGAAAUCAAAUGGCUUUAGCCUGGCCACAUGCAGAGAAAUGGUCUCCCUCAUGGACAUGGAUGGAACAGGGACUCUGAGUCUUAUAGAAUGCAAAACUCUAUGGAUGAAGAUACAGAAAUACACGGAAAUCUUUAUUAAAGCCGAUAACGAUAAAUCAGGAACCAUGGAUGCCCAUGAAAUGAGGGCCGCCCUGCAGGAUGCAGGUUUCACUCUGAGCAACGCUAUCCAGGAGAACAUUGCCAAGCGUUACGCCGACACUGACCUGACCAUCAACUUUGACGCCUUCAUUUCAUGCAUGACACGUUUGGAGACCUUGUUCAAAAUGUUUAACCUCUUGGACAAGGAUAAUAGUGGAAGAAUUGAUCUCACCCUACCCGAGUGGCUGUGUGCUACGCUGAUCUAGAAGAGGAAGCCACCAAUGGUGAAGACUCGCUCUCAUUAUACUGAAUAUUUUAUUUUAUGAAAAAAGAAAACAUUUUAUAGGGUUAUUCUGGAUAUGCUUAUUUGUUGUAUGGGUGUUUUUUCUUAUUAUGUAUCAAUUUCUUAGGAAGGUCUCAGAGGAUUGAAAGGGGUACUCCGGUGGAGACAUUGUUUUUUUUUAAAUCAGCUGGUGGCAGGAAGUUAUACAAAUUUGUAAAUUACU